AAAAGAGAAUUAUUUAAUUAUCAGAGAUGAUAUAUAAUUUGUAAUCGAGUAAGAUGCAAAAAAUAUUUUUUUACAUCUAUUCAAAUUACGAGAGGCGACUUCAUCAAUUAUCAAGCGGCCUGCAUUACUGACCACGUGGUGGUGGCAGUUCGAGCGCUCUCAACCUUACAAUCUUCAAAAUAAAGAAAACGAAAACCACAUGCUGUUGCACUGCCGCUUCGGAUUUUUUUGUAAUUUUGUUUCGACAAUUUAACAACAACUAAAAUGUCUCGUUUAGUGAUUAAAAACUUGCCUGAAGGCGUUACUGAAGACAAAAUUAAAAGUAUAUUUGGAGAACAAGGGACGAUUACUGACAUCCAAUUAAAAUACACCAAAGAGGGUAAAUUCCGAAGAUUUGGGUUUGUUGGAUAUAAAUCAGAAGAAGAAGCCGCUGCUGCUCAUAAGGCUCUGCAAAAAAUUUUUAUAAACAAUAAUAGAAUUAGUGUUGAAUUGUGUGCCAAUUUGGGUGACCCAUCAAAACCAAAAUCGUGGAGUAAAUAUGCUCCAGAUUCAACAAAAGGAUUGCAGGAUGCUAAAAAUAAAAUCAAAAAAAAUACUCCUUCUGUUAAGAAGGAAAAUGAAACUAAACAAACAAAUGAGAUAAAAGAAAUCAUUCAAAAGCAUAAGAAUGAUCCUCUUUUCAAAGAAUAUUUGGAAGGUCAUUUAAAAGGAGAUAAGCAAAACAAUGAAUUAUUGCAGAAAUUAAAUAGUGAAGGAACAGAUGAGGAAAGUGACAGUAAAGAUGAUGAAAAUGAAAACAGUGAUGCUCAUCAAGAUGCUGAUGAUGUACAAAAAGAAGAUGACCUUGCCACUAAAGCAAUUUCAGACAAGGAUUAUAUGGAAUUGCUUAAAAAAAAAGCAAAAGGAGAAACAGUGGUAGUAAAAGAAAAUGUACAGAAAAAACAUAAAAAAGAGUUCUUUACAGUGAAACUCAAAGGCCUGGCUUACAAUCACAAAAAAAAAGAUAUAAAAAAUUUUUUCAAAGGCAUACCAGUUAAGUCAAUCAGAGUGCCUCAAAAAAUUAAAGGCAUUGCUUAUGCAGGAUUUAAAACUGAAAGAUUAAUGAAGAACGCUCUCAAUAAAAAUAGGAGUUUUUUGGAUGGGAAACAAAUAACUGUUACAGUGUAUACAAAAAAAAAUGAAGAAGAUAAAUCAGAAGAUCAGAAGUCAAAUCCCAGAUGGAAAAAACAAGAAGAUACAUUAAAAGAUGAAGAAAGUAUAGGAGAAUCAGGAAGAAUUUUCUUGAGAAAUCUAUCCUAUACUACAACAGAAGAUGAAAUCAGGCAAAUAUUUGAAAAAUAUGGCCAGUUGACUGAAGUCAAUCUUCCUGUUGACACCACCACUAGAAAAAUUAAAGGUUUUGGCACUGUAACAUUUUUGUUACCUGAACAUGCUGUAAAAGCAUUUUCAGAAUUGGAUGGUACAGUACAUUGUGGUCGUCUGUUGCAUCUUCUUCCAGCAAAAUCUGCUACUACCGUUUUAGAUUUAUUGGAUCAAGAUGGCCUGACAUUCAAACAAAAGAAAGAGUUACAACAAAAAGCGCAAGCCAAUUCAUCCCACAAUUGGAAUACCCUAUUUCUGGGUCAAAAUGCAGUAGCAGAUGCAGUAGCUAAAGCAUAUGGUACAACUAAAGAAAAAGUCUUGGAUGAUAACAGUGGUACUAGCAUGGCUGUACGCCUUGCUCUUGGAGAAACCCAACUUGUCCAGGAAACUCAAAAAUUUCUGGAGCAGAAUGGUGUAAAAUUGACUGCUUUUAAUCAGGCUCCAAAAGAACGAUCUACAACAGUAAUUUUGGUAAAAAAUUUACCAGCUGGGACUCAGGUACAAGAAAUCGAAAGACUUUUUGCCCAAUACGGAGAGCUUGGUCGUGUUAUCUUACCACCAUCAGGCAUAACAGCUUUGGUAGAAUUUUUCGAACCCUAUGAAGCUAGAAAAGCUUUCAAAAAAUUAGCAUAUUCUAAAUUUAAACACAUGCCAUUGUAUUUGGAAUGGGCGCCUAACGAAAGUUUUGUUGAUAAUACACCUAGGAAAAUGGAGAAUAAUGUUAAAAUAAAUGAAGCAGAGAAAAAGAAAGAAGCAGAAAAAAUGGUAGCAGAAAAGGAAGAGAGCGAAGAAGAAGACGACGAGGAAGACAAUCAGCAGCCGGAACCAGAUACGACUUUGUUUGUUAAAAAUUUGAACUUUAAUACCACUGAUGAAUCGUUGAAAAAACACUUUAUUAAAUGUGGCAAGAUAGAUUAUGCCACUGUUUCUGAAAAAAAAGAUCCAAAUGAUCCAGCGAAUAAGUUGUCGUUAGGAUAUGGAUUUGUCAGGUACAAGCUAAAAUCUGAUGCUGAUAGAGCUUUGAAAGAGCUUCAAUUUUCACUGUUAGAUGGAAAGACACUUGAAUUGAAAUUGUCAGAAAGAACAUUGUCAUCUGAAGCAAAACCAGUUAUUAAGAAAACAACAAAAGUUACGGAACAAACGGGAACAAAAAUAAUGGUUAAGAAUCUACCAUUCCAGGCCAAUGCAGAUGAAGUCAAAGAUUUAUUCAAGGUGUUUGGUGAGUUGAAAGCCGUCAGAUUACCAAAAAAAUUGGCAACCGACACUAGACAUCGAGGUUUCGGUUUUGUUGAGUUUUAUACGAAAAAAGAAGCAAAACGAGCUUUCAAGGCACUUUGCCAGAGUACUCACUUGUACGGCAGAAGAUUGGUUUUGGAAUGGGCUCAAACCGAAGAAAACGUCGAAGAUUUGCGUAAACGAACCGCGAAGCAUUUCCACGAAGAAGAUCCUUCAGCAAAAAGAAGUAAAAAAUCUACUUUGAACCCAGAAGAUAUGGGUUUAGCUGAAUAAUUGUCAUACUUGCUUUAAUCUAUGUUUUUACAAAAAAAAUUUUUUUUCCUAUUCAUCGUAGGAAAUUUGAUGUUGUAAAUAAUUUAAUUUAAGACGCCCCAAACAGGUACUCUCUAAAUGUAAAUAUUUUUUACGUAGACCAAUUUUGUACAUAAAAAUAAAACAGUUACAAUGAAUGAAAA